AUGUCGUCCUCGUCCACGGCUGCAGAGACUCCAGAAUGGAGUGCCCAGCGGGUUCGGAGCACUUUCCUCGACUACUUCAAGCAGCGCGGUCAUACCUUCGUACCCUCUUCCUCAGUUGUCCCUCUUUCAGAUCCUACCUUACUCUUCACCAAUGCUGGCAUGAACCAGUAUAAGUCCAUCUUCCUCGGCACUGUUGAUCCAAACUCCGAUUUCGCACACCUGAAGAGGGCAGUCAAUUCACAGAAGUGUAUCCGUGCCGGAGGGAAGCACAACGACCUGGACGAUGUGGGCAAGGACAGCUAUCACCACACUUUCUUCGAGAUGCUGGGCAACUGGAGCUUUGGGGACUACUUCAAGAAAGAAGCUAUCCAGUAUUCGUGGGAGCUGCUUACAGAAGUCUACGGGCUGAGGCCAGAUCGACUAUAUGUGACUUACUUCGAAGGCGAUGCUGCUGGCGGUCUGGAACCGGACCUGGAGGCGAAGGAGCUAUGGAGGUCGGUGGGUGUUCAGGAAGAUCAUAUCUUGCCGGGGAAUAUGAAAGAUAAUUUUUGGGAGAUGGGAGAUCAGGGUCCUUGUGGUCCUUGCAGCGAGAUACACUAUGAUCGCAUUGGUGGGAGGGAUGCGGCGGCUCUUGUCAAUCAGGAUGAUCCGAAUGUGCUCGAGAUAUGGAACAAUGUGUUUAUACAAUACAACCGGGAACCAGACAAGUCGUUACGAUCGCUGCCAAGCAAGCAUGUGGAUACCGGUUUGGGAUAUGAGAGGCUGGUGUCUGUGCUGCAGGACAAGUCGUCGAACUACGAUACUGAUGUUUUUACUCCUCUUUUUGACACGAUACAACAGGUUACUGGUGCGCGUGGGUACACGGGCAAGUUUGGCAAGGAGGACAAGGACGGUGUCGACACUGCUUAUAGGGUUGUCGCAGAUCAUGUCCGAACCUUGACCUUUGCAAUUUCAGAUGGCGGGAUUCCCAACAACGAAGGAAGAGGCUAUGUGGUACGGAGGGUGCUGAGAAGAGGUGCUCGAUUUGCUAGGAAAUACUUCAAUGUUGAGAUUGGGGACUUUUUUGCCAAGAUCGUGCCUACGCUGGUUGGGCAGAUGGGACAGAUGUUUCCAGAGAUCGCAAAGAAGGAAGAUGAUGUCAAAGAGAUGUUGUGCGAGGAAGAGCUGUCAUUCGCAAAGACGCUGGAUCGAGGAGAACGACAGUUCGAAUAUUAUGCUCAACAAUCGAAAGACAGGAAUCUGAAGUCACUCCAUGGAGCGGAUGUGUGGAGGCUUUAUGACACCUUUGGGUUUCCACCGGAUCUGACAAGGUUAAUGGCAGAAGAGCGAGGAUUGUCGAUCGAUGACAACGAAUUUGAAGAUGCUAGGUUGAAAGCAAAGGAGGCCAGCAAAGGCGAAAAGAAGGCGGCUUCGGACCUUGUUAAGCUGGAUGUGCACGAUAUCAGCAUAUUGGAGAAGAUGCCCGGGGUUUCAAAAACAGAUGAUGAUGCCAAAUUCGGCCGAGAUAACAUAACCGCACAAGUCAAAGCUAUUUAUCAUGCCAAAAAAUUCGUGGACGACACCUACUCAAUACCAAAAGGUGGUCAGCUUGGUUUGAUUCUGGAUAAGACGAACUUUUACGCAGAACAGGGUGGUCAAGAAUACGACACUGGCAAGAUCGUGAUCGAUGGACAAGCAGAGCUGGAUGUCCAAAAUGUGCAAGUAUAUGCAGGCUAUGUGCUGCAUACCGGAUACGUUAAAUACGGUGCUUUUGCUGUUGGCGACAGACCUAUAUGCGAAUAUGACGAGCUACGGAGAUGGCCGAUUCGGAACAAUCAUACGGGCACACACAUCCUGAACUUCGCGUUAAGGGAAGUGCUCGGCGAUGGCAUAGACCAGAAAGGGUCAUUGGUCGCGCAGGAGAAGCUACGUUUUGACUUCUCACACAAAUCAGGGAUUUCUGAUCCUGAUCUACAGAAGAUCGAAGACAAGUCGACAGAGUAUAUACGGCAGAACUGUGGGGUCUUUGCCAAAGACGUGCCUCUAUCAACAGCUCGAGAGAUCACAGGAGUUCGUGCAGUAUUUGGAGAGACAUACCCGGAUCCCGUACGUGUGGUCUCGGUCGGUGUGGAGGUCGAGGAAAUCUUGGAAAAUGUGAAAGACCCACGGUGGUCAUCUGUCAGCAUAGAGUUUUGUGGUGGAACACAUGUACAGAGAACGGGCGACAUCAAAGAUCUUGUCAUUCUGGAAGAGAGCGGUAUUGCUAAAGGAAUACGAAGAAUCAUCGCCGUGACUGGAGAGGAUGCACAUGCUGUUCAGAGAUUGGCGGAAGAGUUCUCGAAGCGGUUGAGUCUGCUGGAAGAGAUGGAGUUCGGUCCGGAGAAAGAGCAGAAAGUCAAAGCAACGAGCAUGGACUUGAACAACCUGUCGAUAUCAGCUGUUAGGAAAGCUGAGUUCCGUGAUCGAUUCGCGAAGAUUCACAAGCAGAUAUUGGACCAACAAAAGGCGCAACAGAAGGCGGAAACGAAAAAGGCGCUCGAUACAGUGACAGAGUAUUUCCAGGAUCCCGAAAACAAAGAAGCCACAACAUUUGUCACUUCUUUGCCAAUCACCAAUGCUAAAGCGGUUACUGAUACCAUCAACCAUGUCAAGACGAAGAUGCCAGACAAGACAGUGUACCUGUUUGCAGUGGACAAGACGGCAGGCCGGGUGGUACACGCAUGCCAUGUCUCUGGGGCUGCAAGCAAGGCAGGUGCCUCGUCUUCUGAAUGGGCCUCCACCGUUUCAGGCGUUGUGGGGGGGAAGGCUGGAGGCAAGGCACCUACGAGUAUUGGGAACGGGACAAACGUAGACAAACUCGACGAGGCGCUGACUGCAGCAAGCGAUUAUCUUGCGAAGUUGCAGAUAUAA